AUGUCAAAGGAUAUCUACUUCGAAGGCGACGCAGAAACCCUCCCCUUCAGCACCACCACCCCGAUCCCGACUCCCAAAGUCCAAAAGCCUGUUGACGAGCUCGACUUCAUCGACGUAAAACCCAACACAAUCUGGUAUCUCAGCAUCAUCCGACCACACAUCGAUUCCCACGAAAUCAUCGGCCCCGCCAAAGCAUUCCGCCACCUCCUCCCCCAAAUCGAAGACGUCGUCAGCAACUCACCCAACGCAAUUGACAAGCUUGCCCUCAUAAAAGAGAAGCCAAAUAACAAUUUCCUGUUUGCGGAAGACGACGAAGAUGAAGAGAGGGAGGUUGAUGAAGAAUUCUUGGAAAUGGGCUUCUGCACAUUCAUUGUGGAAGGUCAACGCGGCUCCUACACUAUCCUGAAGAUACAUCGCGAAAUCAACAAAGACGUCUUCGAUAUCCUGCCCGCGCCCGUCUACACCAUCAUCUCCGUUGGCCCCCUCGCCCAUGCCGAACGCCCAUCCACUACCUCCUUAUCCUCAAAAUUCACCGCUUCCAAGCCAAAAGGAUAUGCAGCCACAACCAAGCUUCACGCUUCCUACGUCGACCGCGCUGCCGCGAAGGAAGACGCACAACAUAUCUUCACCACUAAGAGAUGGGAGAGGGGGAGUAAAGGAGGAGGCAUCUUGAUCGGUAUGAAUGCGAGUAGUAUGUGGGAAGUCAAAGAAGACGCUGACAGGGAGCAUGACGGGUUUGUUUUGUGA